AUGGCGGACCUGGUCAACGAAUUGAUGGGCUGCCGAAUGGUGCGGCCGUUCGUGCUGGACGAGGAAGUGAUCACUCGCCUGAAAUCGUGGCCGAGGCCUGUAAGGAACAAUGGUAAGGUCAUGUAUAGCAGGCAGGAAGUGGGAGACGAUGAAAUGAAAUCGGAAGAGCGCGAACUUCUCAAUAUGGUCUCCAUGCAGGAAUCCAAGAAGCAAAAGGUUGAUGAAGAAGAAGGGGAAGAAGGCAGUACAGAUGAAGAAGGGAUGUAUGUGGACGAUGAAGGGGAAGAGGAUGAAGAGCCCCACAAGGAUUGGAACAUUCUUGAGUUUGGGGAGUUCGUGCAGGCAUUUUGGGCGUCGUCGGCGCCACGUAUUCUAGAAAGGAAAUGCUACUCCCUCAUCUGGGAAGCAAUCGAGGCUGAUUUCCAGAGAGGAAAGACUCGGGCGAUCGUGGUUGGAAAUCCUGGAAUCGGAAAGUCUGGUUUCCUUGUUUAUGUCAUGUGGAAACUUCUCCAUCGGGGCUGCAGGAUUCUGUUACAGAACAAGGCCGGAGAACGGACUUUGUUCCAACACGAGCGAGGGGUGUACUCUCAAACCAGAAUUUCGGAGUUUGACUCUCGGGCUGUUCUCUCAGACAAAGAGUUGUAUUAUCUGGUUGAUGGCCGGCUCCCUCUUCCUCCAUUGUUUCUGGGCAAGCUCAUCCUUGCGUGCUCUCCUCUGCUGGAGAAUUACAAGGAGGUAAAGAAGGAUGGAAGGCGGACGGUGUUCUACAUGCCUGUUUGGAAAUCAGAUGAACUGGCGGCUGCGGACCAGGAAAUUUUCAAGCUCGGCAUUUCUUUCUGGUCAGAAAGAUUCAAGAGGUGGGGUGGGCUUGCCCGAUUUGUGUUAGAACAACGCGAUGAAGAGGCUGAUAAGAGCUUGACCGAUGCCAUUGAUGGUUCCCGAAACAUCAUCAAAGUCGUUGAAGCGCAAGUGAGCGGAUUCUGUGAGAAGGCGCACAAGAUCUUGCACAUGAUGGUGAGGAACGACUUUAGGACGUACAAGUAUGUGUUUGCUUCGAAGCAUGUGAGCGAGAAGGUGUUUCGGAAUCUGUACCAGACUCACAAGUCUGGUCUGACCUCUUUUCUAUUGUUUUCGGGCAAUCCGACGUUGAAUUCUGCUAGGGCCAACUUCCUGGAGUUACUGUGUCGGGAGGUUUUGCCCAAGGGCGGCUUGUUCCAGACGAAGUGCGUGUAUGCUAACGGCCAGAGCGACCCUGUUCAGGCGGAACGAUUUGACCGUCUUCAGGCUAAAGAAUCUACGCAGUGGCAAAAUGCGCCAUGGGAUUUCAUGUUUUGGCCUACGAAAACAACGCAGCGGUCUUGGGAUGCCUUCAGACUUCGGAAGGGAGGGGGUCAUGUGUGUUUGGACUUGUACCAAGUCACUCUGUCAUCGGCUAAACGUCAGCAUGGAAUUAAAGCAAAGGGAGUGCUGGAUCUUAAGGCGGAAGUUGAGAGUGUCUUGAAUCUGAAGAUACCUCUAGAAAACAUAACCGUCUAUAUUGUCACCUUGAUUGAUCUUUUUGAGAAUGGUGGGUAUCAGAACUGGCGGGGUGUUGAAAAUCAUGUGCUGAAGGAUGAACGGCUUCUGAGAAAACUUCGGUCCAUUGUUCAGAAGGUGAUGGGAGUCCCAGUUUAA